UUUUGUCCGCCUUACUCAGGGAGCUGUAUUUGGUGACCUGUGUGACUUGGACCCAUCUACCCUAGCGGUUGUGCUUGUUGGAGUGUGUGUGUUUGUUUGUUUGUUUGUUGGUUUCUUGUUCUAUUUUGUGUAUUCUUGUGCCCAUUUUAUUUAGUUUGUUUUUUUCUACCUAUUUGUUGUUUUGCCCAUUCUGUAAUUUUUUUGCAGUUUUGUUUGAUUUUGCUUCCCCCAUUGCUAGUUAGCCAGCUUGGUCAGACUUGUUAGCAGGAUCAUAUUUUAGUGGCUUUUCCUCUUUCUUGUUUUCUGUUUUAUUGAGACAGUCUUCUUUGGAUUAGAAUAGUUAGUCUAGCUAGUUACACAUUGGUCAGAGGCAGUCAGUCCCCUUGCAAUCCCUUUUGUGUUUUAGGCAGCUCAGAGUAACUGAUUAGUUAGUGUUUGUGAGUAGAGAGUGCAGUUCAGAGAGCGUAGAGAGGGAAAGCUGGCCAUGCGUCUCCCCUGGGUCUUCCACCCCCAGCUUCCUGGUUACCAAUUUGGGGAGAUUCUGGGCCAGGGCGGCUUUGGCGUGGUGAAGCUCGCCCGCCAGCUGGCCACGGGCAGGAACGUGGCAGUCAAGAUCGUCGGCAGGCCACACCUGCUAGCCCGUUGGCAUUGGCGGGGUGCGGCCCAGGAAGCGAGGUUGAUGCGCAGCUUGGUGCACGAACACAUCGUGCAGCUGCUAGAUGAGAAGCAGAAAGGCAGCUUCACCUUCCUGGUUAUGGAACUAGCCAGUAGGGGCACCCUCCAUCACUACCUGGUGCAGAAGCAUGGCCUGGAAGAGUCCGAGGCCCGCCCACUGUUCGCCCAGAUCCUGUCGGCGGUGGAGUACUGUCACGCCAACCGCGUGGCUCAUAUGGACCUCAAGCCAAGCAACAUAUUGUUGGACUCCAACAUGAAUGUCAAACUGGCCGACUUCGGGCUAAGCCGACGGGUGGCCGAGGGGAAGCACUUAAGGGGCCCUUGUGGGACCCGGGAAUACUGUGCCCCGGAAGUGCUUUCCAUGCAGUUAUAUGAUCCGUUUCAGGCGGACAUGUGGAGUUUGGGGGUAACCCUCUUUGCAAUGCUGACGGCAACGUUGCCCUUCCAAGGGAAGAAUGCGGUGGAGCUGCAGCAGCGUAUCCAGUCUGGCAGCUAUGUGCUGCCCCGGCGCUACAGCCGGGCCCUGAAGGCGCUUCUGAGCUCGCUGCUCAGGGUGGAAGCCUGGGCCAGGUACACGGCCGAGGUCGCCAGGGCGCACUGGUGGUUUGGUCCCAGCUGCGGGGUGUGUCCUGAGAACUCUGCCACCCUCGUGGAGGUGCUGAACGUUCCCCUGGAUCCAGAAGCCAGGCGGUACCUCGCGGAGCUCGACCUGCUGCCUGGCAUUGAGAAAGAGAGGAUGCCACAUCCUGUGCCCUGGCACCCUGCACUCCAGCGGCCUUUGUUCUUGACCGACGCUUGGUACCAUCUCAAGAAGUCGGGCUUGCCUUGGGUGUUGACCAGCAGCGAUCACGUCUUCUUUUCCUGCUGCUCGUCUGUGACCACCCAAUCCAGGGGGAUCUCGAGGCAGCUGCAGAAAGAGAAGCGAUUCCUUCCCACAGCAUCCCACAAGGUGACGUGUGAGACCCCCAAGGACCGCCCAGAGCCAGAAGUGUCAGCAGCAAGAAAGCCUGAAGAAGCUGGGACCCCAGCCCCUGCCAAGGAGCGGGCGCAGAGUGGCCGGGGGUUCUGCAGGAGGAUCCUCAGGUUCCUGCAGCGGGCCUGCUGCCUUGGGCAGACCCCAGCCACAGGCCCCCGCCUGCGCUCCCGAAAAGUGGCCCCAGAAGGUGGCCUGCCAGGCAGGUGAAGAUGGGUCUGGGGGCUGAGCUCCCUGAGAAUCUCUAGCUUAUUAAAUAAAGGUCCUAAUUGUUUGUAUG